AUGGACAGAAACAGCACGCCGUGGAGCUCCGGCUCUCACCCUCCAUCCAUCCACCUCACCGCGAUGGUGGGGACGGUGGCGCCCACCAUCUUCCCCCGGUUGGGCUACAGCGUCCUGUCCUUCCUCAUGUUCAUGAACACAGUGCUGACGGUGUUCAACAACAGCCUGGUCAUAGCGGUGAUGAUGAGGAACCCGUCUCUCCUGCAGCCCAUGAACGUUUUCAUCCUCAGCCUCGCGGUGUCUGACCUCAUGAUCGGCCUGUGCGGAUCCCUGGUGGUCACCAUCACCAACUACCAAGGCUCCUUCUUCAUCGGCCACGCGGCCUGCAUCUUUCAAGGCUUUGCUGUCAAUUAUUUUGGUCUGGUGUCGCUCUGGACUCUGACUCUGCUUGCCUACGAGCGCUACAACGUGGUGUGUAAGCCGAGAGCCGGCCUGAAGUUGAGCAUGCGGAGAAGCAUCAUUGGUCUGCUGUUCGUCUGGAUCUUCUGCUUGUUCUGGGCUGUGGCUCCGUUAUUCGGCUGGAGCUCCUAUGGACCUGAGGGAGUGCAGACCUCCUGCUCUCUGGCCUGGGAGGAGAGAUCGUGGAGCAACUACAGUUAUCUCAUCCUCUACACACUCCUGUGCUUUAUCCUGCCUGUCAUGGUCAUCAUCUACUGCUACUCCAAAGUGCUUAAAUCCAUGAACAGGCUGAACAGGAGUGUGGAGCUCCAGGGGGGGCGAUCGAGCCAGAAAGAGAACGAACAUGCCAUCAGUAUGGUCCUGGCCAUGGUCAUCGCUUUCUUUGUCUGCUGGUUGCCCUACACAGCGUUGUCUGUGGUGGUAGUCAUGGAUCCAGAGCUCUACAUCCCCCCUAUUGUCGCCACCAUGCCUAUGUACUUUGCCAAGACCAGCCCUGUGUAUAACCCCAUCAUCUACUUUCUGUCAAACAAGCAGUUCCGUGAUGCCGCCCUAGAGGUGCUUUCCUGUGGUCGUUACAUUCCCCACACCCCCACCGCCACUAUCAGUAUCAACAUGCGGCCCCUGAACAGGAGAAGCCGGCUGACUUCCUUAAGCAGGAGCGUCAACACUCACAGCAAGGUGUUGCCCCUGUGACAAAAAAAAAAAAAAACCCAAACAGAAACACGAAGCUGCCAUGCACCGUUGUCAGUGUUUAUCAGUGCCUCGUCAAGGACUCAGACCUGCACAUCUCCAGAUCAGAGCGUAGCUCAGUGAGAACACAAUCGGCUCAGAAAGCUGAAUGCUGAUAUCCUGAGAGUGGUCAGCAUAAGUGAAAAACCUUUUGACCCAUUAUAAUGCAAUCCGAUCUAAAACCAGUGAAAAAACUGAUCAUGUUGUUGUUAAGAUUACGUAAGAGAGAAAUUUUGUUUUUCA